CUGUGCGAGGCAGCAAAGCGCCCGUUAGCGCACCAACGCUGCCGGGAAAUCACGCGAAGAAGAAAACACAGCGAAGGGGAAGGCACGAGCGGAUCCGGACCCGCUCGCGCAGGUCAGCGGGUUGAGAUGCGUGCGGAGUGACUGCGGCGGCCGCGGGUGAGAGGCGAGCUCUGUGCUGCGAGUGACGUCGGACCCUGUGUAGACCAGGAUCUGGGUAGACCAGGAUCUGGGAUGGCGGGGGUGUUCGACAUAGACCUGGAGACCGAGGACAUCAGCGACCCAGAGGACGAUGUCUGUGACUUCACCUUGACGGAAACGGAGACUGUUGAGACGGAGGAGGUGGAGUUGACCAGUGCGAGUGUCAACAGAGACAGUGAGCGAGUCGGACCGGAAUGCUUUGAGCUGCUCACUGUGCUGGGUAAAGGAGGCUAUGGGAAGGUUUUCCAGGUUAGGAAGGUUCAAGGUGCCCAGACGGGGAAGAUAUUUGCUAUGAAAGUCCUGAAGAAGGCUAAGAUAGUGCGUAAUGCCAAGGACACGGCCCACACCCGUGCAGAACGGGAAAUUCUGGAGACAGUGAGGCAUCCGUUCAUUGUCGACCUGCUUUACGCCUUCCAGACCGGUGGAAAACUCUACCUCAUCCUGGAGUGUCUGAGUGGCGGGGAGCUUUUUAUGCAGCUGGAGAAGGAAGGCAUCUUUAUGGAGGAUACUGCCUGCUUCUAUCUCGGGGAGAUCACGCUGGCCCUUGGUCAUCUUCACUCCAACGGCAUCAUCUACCGAGAUCUCAAACCUGAAAACAUCAUGCUCAACCACCAAGGUCACAUCAAGCUGACUGACUUUGGCCUCUGUAAAGAAUCAAUUCAUGACGGAGCUGUCACACACACCUUCUGCGGCACCAUAGAGUACAUGGCUCCAGAAAUACUGACCAGGUCAGGCCACAACCGAGCGGUGGACUGGUGGAGUCUGGGAGCUUUGAUGUACGACAUGAUGACCGGAUCGCCUCCAUUCACAGCAGAGAACAGGAAGAAGACCAUCGAUAAGAUCCUGAAGUGUAAACUCAACCUACCCCCGUAUCUGACCAUCGACGCCAGGGACCUCAUCAAGAAGCUGUUAAAAAAAAGCCCAGCCCAGAGGUUAGGCUCCGGCAACGCAGACUGUGCUGAUAUCCAGAAACAUCCGUUUUUCAGGCACAUCAACUGGGACGACUUGCUCAGCAAGAGAGUGGAGCCGCCCUACAAGCCACAGCUGCAGUCCGACGAAGACGUCAGUCAGUUCGACACCAGGUUCACCAGGCAGACACCAGUGGACAGUCCGGACGACACCUCGCUCAGCCACAGUGCCGAACACGCGUUUGCUGGUUUUACCUACGUGGCUCCAUCUGUUCUUGAGAGUUUGAAGGAAGGCUUCUCUUUCGAACCCCGAGCGCGACACGUGCGCCGACACAACAGCAGCCCACGUACGCCCAUCAGGGUUGUAACAGGCAAGAGAAACACCCCUUGGUUGUGUGAGACUCUAGAGGACUGGAGGAGUGUGGCUGUCUUGAGCGGUUCCGACGGGUCACGUUGUAAAGCAGGAGAAAGUCCCCUCAAGUUUUCCCCAGCAGGGCCAUUCAAGUCCAAUGUCGACAGGGAGCCAGACAUUCUUUCCCCCACCUCCCCGCCGGCUGCCCCCGCCUCCGUACCGCUGGACAACGGCGCCACCAGCCAGCCAAUCAGGACGCCCGCUAGAAACAAGAAGCAGAAAGGCCAUCGGAGAUGAAGAGGAAGUCCCCCAAGGACAAGAGGCACCCUGCAAGACCGUGACCACGUUUACAGCAUACGGCAUGUCGGGACACUGACCCCAAGUGGUGGUUUGCAUCAUUUUGUUUUUCCUCAUUUCUAAAAUGUUGAAAUGAUUUAACAUGAAGGCCACGGAAGAGCCAAAAUCAGAACAUGGGUCGUAUUCCUGGUUAUUAAAACCCUGUAGAUGGGCCAAUACAGGGACUGUCUUCACCUCACCGGGCCCGUAGUCAUCGUAUGUCCUGCUAGGCAAAACACCGCACAGCUUUCAGAGACGGGGGGGGAUUUUUAGCUUUUCAUGCUUUGACUUUCUGAGUUUUUUUUUCUAAUUUUUUUUUUUUUAAGUGCAACUGAAUCUUUGUGCAAGAUGGUCGAGGCUCAGCGUUUUCGGUCUUUACCGAUUUUCACUGAAAAACACCCAGAUUUUAAACUUGGAUCUUAUGUUUCCACGGAUCCAAAGGUCGUUCCUGUUCGUGCGAGGUUAUGUAACGGUGCCCUCUUGUGGCGAAACUCGGCACGCCGGGUGGCUUGGAGGAAUAACAACAAAACGCUGAGCCUUGAAGACGGUCCGCUCGGUCGGUUAGUAUGUGGGUUUAUUUACCGAAGUAAACUCGGGUAAAAACACACCCACACAGAAAUGGCACAGAUAUGCUCAGCAAAGUGUUGCUUUUCCUGUUUUUCCCUGUUUUUGUUUUUUUUCCUAUUUAAAAAAAAUCACCAGCCCCACAAAAUUAUAUAAUUGAAAUUAUAUAUAUAUAUAUUGUUGUAUUGUGAUCUGAAUUCAAACACGGCAGCAGGUCCCACGCAGGGAUGGACGCCUCCGCAGCUAAACCACGAAAUCUGAUAUUUAACUAAUAACUGAUUCAUUAUGAAGUCAUAUAUUAUAAUAUUGAUAUUAAAAUACAUGCUGAAUAUGUUUUGCAGGGCUGGAAUCGAUACUUUGAUCGGCAUAUACGACUCCAGUGGGUGUUAUUUUUACUUGGUUGUUGGGGUAAACGCACAUAUUGUGCCUUUUUGAUUUGUGUGAUGAAGACUAAAGGAGGAAUUACUUCAAGUACAGUAAAGACAGUACUUGUUCUCUUCACUUAUCUAAUGGUUUCUACUUUAUUCAGUUUGAAAUGGCGUGCAACCCGACCAGUCAGUAUUCACAGGAAUCGGCCGGUGCAACCUGGACUUUCGGACCGAGACCGGCGUUCUUUCCUGUGGACUGCUGGCAUCUGUGUGGUAUCGUUGAAGUUCUUUGUACUGACCUUAAAUCACUGGAUAAAAAGACCAGCGUUUGGGUCCAAAGCCCAUAUUUCUCCAAUGAUUUUUUUUUUUGGGGGUGGGGGGGUAAUUAUCAAAUCAUGUCUAAUGAAUUUAACACAAAGGAUAUAGUAUGGCAAACGUACUAUAUGCUAUCUUGACAGUGUAUCUCUAGUUGAAGGUGUGCUGGUUGUUACGUUAGCGUGUUGACAGUUUCCUGGUCUCCCCGUGGAGGCGAAGUGGGGAACCUGCCAUGUCCUGGGCCUCAUGAGGUUAAACCAGUGUUGUAGUACUCGAGUGCAGGACUCGGACUCGAGCCCUGAUUUUCAGGACUCGUGACUCGACUUGGACUUGAGCACUGAUGACUUGGACUUGAGCAUUGACUGCAUUCGGAUUCGGAAGUUAGAGAUGAGGACUCGGACUUGUUAAUUGAUAAAGCCUUUUUUGGUAACACUUUAGUGUGGGGAACGUAGUCACCAUUAAUUAGGUGCUUAUUAGCAUGCAAAUUAGCAACAUAUUGGCUCUUAAUUGGUAAUUAUUACAUACUCAUUAAUGCCUUAUUCUGCAUGGCCUUAUUAUACAACCAGUAAGCCAUUAACUAUGAGUUUUCCCUCUAUAACCUCAGAAGUAUUGCUUAUUAGUAGUACCAUCUCGAUAUGCUUUGCUUAGUAUGGACUUUAUAAGGUGGUAGUACCACAAGAAGAGUUAUUCUCCCUUACUAACACUUAAUGAAUAUGGUCUGUUCUUACAUAACAACACACAAAACUACAAGUGUUCAUAGUGUUAAAUUACUGUAAAUGAAGUUUCUGUUACUUAGAAUAUGUUCCCCACACUAAAGUGACAUCUUGAUCAUUACUAAUUCACUAGUAAUUAAGUUUUUUUAUGUUCCCCAUACUAAAGUGUUACCACUUUCUUUUUUUGUAAUAGGCCCUAAUGAUUUGGCAUAAGAUAUUGAUGGCUACAUUAAUUUUCAAUAAUCAUUAUUUGUAUGUCAGCUUUUUUACCGUGCCAGAGCGGAGCACCUUGGAACUCGACUCAGACUCAACCAUAAUGACUCGGACUCAGGUAAUGGACACUUGACUCAGGACUCUUCAUUGGGGACUCGGACUAAUGAUUUGGCAUAAGAUAUUGAUGGCUACAUUAAUUUUCAGUAAUAAUUAUUUGUAUGUCAGCUUUUUUACUUUGCCAGAGCGGAGCAUCUUGGAACUCGACUCAGACUCAACCUUAAUGACUCGGACUCAGGUAAUGGACACUUGACUCGGGACUCUUCAUUGGGGAGUCGGACUAAUGAUUUGGCAUAAGAUAUUGAUGGCUACAUUAAUUUUCAAUAAUAAUUAUUUGUAUGUCAGCUUUUUUACCUUGCCAGAGCGGAGUAUCUUGGAACUCGACUCAGACUCAACCUUAAUGACUCGGACUCAGGUAAUGGACACUUGACUCGGGACUCUUCUUUGGGGACUCGGACUCGAGGUUUAGAGGCUCGACUACAACCCUGGGUUGAACCUUCCACGUCUUCUGCCAUGUCGUGGUCCCCGUGAGGUUACGCCACUUGUCAUAACAUCCAGCAGUACAGUGAAAGCUGCCCGUCGGUCCAGUGUUCUCUACGAGGAGAGAGAAACUGACCCGGAAGUGCAAGGCGCUGUUAAUGCCUUUACGUUUUCUUAAAGAAGAAGAAAGGUUAAUAUAUUUAUGAAUUGUUGGCUAGCACGGAGAAUGUCAUGGUCUUAAUCUGACUGUAAAUUAGACCCACAUCUUGUCUUAAGCCGUGUCUGUCCGGCCAGACAGCGUUCCUGUAAAUGCACACAUGCAUCCGUUUAUUUAUUCCUGCACACUUCUUCAUAAACCACUGUGCAUAACAAAUGCUCUCAGCAGACACGGGAGUAUCUUGUUGAAAAAGUAUUUUUUGUUACAAAUCAAAUGUAUUUUUCCACAUUAAAUCUAUAGGGCGAAACAGUAUUUGAUUUGCUUUGAAUUAUCAUUAUAUUUGGAUGGCUACUACGCAGGGCUGGUGUGUUUAGGCCUCUAAUGGGCUUUUUUGUUGUUUUUCUGGAUUGUGCUUCUGCUGCAUGCUGUGUAAAAUAUUAACAAGGCACUUGAGACGAUUAAAUGUUGAAAUGUGGUACCAGG